GAAAAGGAAGGUGAAUAAUAGGGAAGACAGUCAAAAUUUCUGUGUGGUCUAUUUUGACCUUGACCCUGUUUGGCGAUGGCUUCCCGGGCACUCGCCAUUCAGAUUCUUCUUCGCUCUGCGGCCACAGCGUCCGCCCGCCCUGCUCACCUUCUCACACGAACAACUCUUCCGUCUGCGCAGAGGAAGAAGAAGAAGAAGAAGAAGAAGAAGAAGAAGUAGAAGUAGAAGAAGAAAAGGAAGGAAAUUGCGCGAGUGAUCUCUGUCUCAUCGUCGACGUCACUCAUCUUACGUCGGAGCACUUCCUCCCGCCGGCGUCACUGAUCACCGUCAUUCUCCCUUCCCUGGUACAAUGGAUAUAUUAUUGCCACGUGAUAAAUUAUGUUUAGGAUCAAGCGACUCUGGUUGCUUAUCUAAGACCAUAAUCAGGGAGGAGAUUUAUGUAGUUCUUGUAGCAACAGGAAGUUUCAAUCCUCCAACUUAUAUGCACUUGCGUAUGUUUGAGCUGGCAAGAGAUGCAUUGAACUCAGAAGGCUAUUCUGUCAUUGGGGGUUACAUGUCACCUGUGAAUGAUGCAUACAAGAAAAAGGGCCUUAUAUGUGCUGAACAUCGUAUUCAAUUGUGCCGUCUUGCUUGCAGAAGUUCUGGAUUCAUAAUGGUGGACCCUUGGGAGGCAAAUCAGAGCGCGUACCAACGCACACUGACUGUUCUCACCAGAAUCGAGAGUUCUUUGUGUGAGAGUGGGCUGAUUUCCAGAGAAUCUCUUAAAGUCAUGCUUCUGUGUGGCUCUGAUCUUCUCAAAUCUUUUGGUGUUCCUGGGGCUUGGUUUCGUGACCAGGUCAGGACUAUAUGCAGAGACUACGGUGUGGUUUGCAUUCGCAGAGAAGGGCAAGAUGUAGAGAAAAUCAUCGCUGAUGACGACAUUUUAAAUGAAUGCAAGAGUAACAUCAAAAUAGUAGAUGAACUUGUACCGAAUCAAAUUAGUUCUUCAAGAGUAAGGGAAUGCAUUUCAAGAGGGCUGUCUGUGAAGUACCUUACCCCAGAUGAAGUGAUAGAUUAUAUAACAGAACAAAAUUUGUACUCUAAAUCAGCAGACCACUGACGAACUCGAUUCAUGUACAAAUGCUGUCUGUGUACAUCGUUUUCAUUAACUCAUCUAAUGAUGGUUGCUCAAAAUCCAAAGCAAUUCUUAUUCUGCAAGCGACCUGAAAUGGUUCAAUUUGCGGGCAAUAAAAAUCGACCAUUUCAAUGGCAAGAGGGUUUCAAGGACAAACUUGUACUGGUUGUAGCUAACGAGAUCAGAAUUCUUUUGAUUCAAAACCCUUCUUUAAGUGUAUCAAUAAUCUUUUCGUGUUUUUCAAGUUUCCUUCAGAAAACAAAUAACUACGAGACAUUUUUGUAAUCUUGUAAAUGAAAAUUGUUUCACAGUUAAAACA